CCCCACAAGUGAUGCCUUUUUUUUCUUUUUUUUUCUCACAUUGAGCAAUACAGGUAACGCCGCCCGUUGCCACUGCAACAAUGUCUAGGCUGUGUGUGGGGCUCGUGGUGUCUGAGCAGAGUUAAGAGGAAAAGCGGAGAGGACAUCUGUGGCUGGUUUCUGUCAUCUGGAUGGGAAGAGCUUUUUGGCAAAAGAGGGAGAAGAAAGCAGAAGGCAGCCGAGGAAGGGGAACAACUGGCAACAGCCAAUCCCCCCUUCCACUCACAGACUGGAGACAACGGAGGCCACUGGAGUAUUUGCUUUUAUCUUUCGUUUUUUGUUCUUUUUUUUCCUCAUUGCGCUGCUGGGAGGUGCUUUGCCUUUUCAUUUGCUCGCUCUUUCGGUCCUCUGUCUCCUCAUCUAUUUUGCCAUUUACCUGGUCAACAAUUUCUUCUAUUUAUGAGCCAGACAAGGAAGGAGAGAGAGAGGGAAGCAGAAAGACAGAGAAAAGGAGAAAGAGACAGAGGGGGGAUUUUUUCCCCCCCUCUUUAUCCUCUUUUAUCCCCUCCAUCCAUUCUUCCCUCCCGUUCCAUUGCCUUCCCUCCCUGUGCAGCCCACGCUCCCUCCUCUCUCCCUCACACCUCCUCACACGUAACUUUGGCUACUCUUAUUUUGACUCCACCUGUCUUUUAAUUUAUAUCUUUUAAGCAGCUCUAAAUUGGCUUUCUUUGUCUUUUCUAUUUAUGCCUUUUUCACUUUUACUCCUAUCCCCCCCCUUCUUUUUUCCCCCUUAUGCAUCUUAUCUGGCUGAUCCUUAACUCUAACCAUAGAGUGGCAGACGUAAGAGAAACAAGACUCUCUGAGCAUCUUUUCCAAGGAAGAGAAGUGACGCUGCUCCAGUGGAGUGCAAUUACCUCAACAUUGAUGCUUUACCCUCUUGACCAUCUGAGGAUUUUACCCUAAAACGGCUCCUCCCUCAGUCUGAGGCUAUGACAGGGAGAGAGGAGUCCCAGGCCGCACCACCAUGCUACUUCUGAGAAGCUGGGAUGAGACUCUGGCUGGCAAAACACGAGGUAUUUCUCUCCCACGCCUACAUUAUGCCUGUCCGUGGACACUGCAGCUCUUCCCCACCUUGUCAAAAUGCUGGGGCUCACUACUCCCCUCGAGUGGUUGCUCAGGGGCACCAAGGAGUUCGGACUCUUCAUCCACCCCCACCUCCAUCGGUUCACCGCACAACGGGCACUUCUUUAUGUCUGCCCCUUCUUUUUCUGCUGCUCUGUCUUCUCCACCUACCUCCACCCUGUCACUCACGGAGAGAAAAGGGCGGAGGAGGCGGUGGCAGUCAUUACAUGCCAAUCCCACAGCCGCCGCCACACCACAUGGCCCUGCCUAAUAUCCUAAGUGGUCUAAGCAUUGCUGUCGUGCUGGUGGGCAACUCCAGUGAGAUGGCACUGGCAGGGGCCAGAGAGAAGGAGGACUUUCUCCACAUAGCUCCUAAUGUGGAGUUACUGACCAUGAACGAAACUGACCCUAAAAGCAUCAUUAAAAGCAUCUGUGACCUGAUGACGGAGCAUUGGCUACAGGGUGUCGUGUUUGGAGAUGACACAGACCAGGAAGCCAUCGCUCAGAUCCUGGACUUCAUUUCAGCCCAAACCCACAUUCCCAUUCUUGGAGUACGUGGAGGCUCUUCGAUGAUCAUGGCUGCCAAGGACGACAACUCCAUGUUCUUUCAGUUUGGCCCCUCCAUCGAGCAGCAGGCGUCUGUCAUACUAAAUAUCAUGGAGGAGUAUGACUGGUACAUCUUCUCCAUCGUCACAACGUACUACCCCGGUUAUCAGGACUUUGUUACUAAGAUACGAAACACCAUUGAGAACAGCUUUGUUGGCUGGGAGAUGGAGGAAGUUCUUCUGCUGGACAUGUCCGUGGAUGAUGGCGACUCAAAGAUCCAGAACCAGUUGAAGAAACUCCAGAGCCCCGUGAUUCUUCUCUAUUGCACAAAAGAAGAGGCCAACACCAUCUUCGAGGUGGCCCACUCUGUUGGGAUCACUGGUUAUGGCUACACUUGGAUUGUCCCCUCGCUGGUAGCUGGAGACACUGUUGUAGUGCCUGCAGAGUUUCCUACAGGUCUGCUCUCCGUAUCCUACGACGAGUGGGACUAUGGUCUGGAAGCCCGUGUUCGGGAUGGUGUGGCCAUCAUCACCAUGGCAACUUCCACGAUGAUGAUGGACCGUGGACCUCAUACGUUGCUGAAAUCAGAAUGCCAUGGAGCUCCAGAGAAGAAAACCCCAAUCUCAGGCAACCCCAAUGAAGUCCUCAGGUACCUGAUGAAUGUGACAUUUGAGGGGCGCAAUCUGUCGUUCAGCGAGGAUGGGUACCAGAUGCACCCUAAGCUUGUCAUUAUUCUGCUCAACAAAGAGAGACAGUGGGACCGGGUGGGUAAAUGGGAAAAUGGCUCCUUGUCCAUGAAGUACCACGUGUGGCCUCGCUAUGAGCUGUAUGGAGGGGCAGCCAAGGAGGAUGACCACCUGUCCAUCGUGACAUUGGAGGAAGCUCCGUUUGUCAUCGUGGAGGAUGUGGAUCCCCUGAGUGGAACCUGCAUGAGGAACACCGUCCCCUGCAGAAAACAGAUCAAAAAGAUUAAUCAGACCAAGGAAUCAGGGAUCUACAUCAAGCGCUGCUGUAAAGGCUUCUGCAUCGAUAUCCUGAAGAAAAUCGCCAAGUCAGUCAAGUUCACGUAUGACCUUUACCUGGUCACUAACGGAAAACAUGGCAAAAAAAUCAAUGGGACCUGGAACGGGAUGGUGGGAGAGGUUGUGUUAAAAAAUGCCCACAUGGCUGUCGGAUCCCUAACCAUCAACGAGGAGCGCUCUGAGGUUAUAGAUUUUUCUGUUCCCUUCAUAGAAACAGGAAUUAGUGUCAUGGUUUCCCGCAGUAAUGGCACUGUUUCACCCUCAGCAUUUUUAGAGCCCUUUAGCGCCGAUGUGUGGGUGAUGAUGUUCGUGAUGCUGCUGCUGGUGUCAGCAGUGGCUGUGUUCGUGUUCGAGUACUUCAGCCCCGUGGGCUACAACCGCUGUCUGGCUGAUGGCAGAGAACCUCAUGGCCCGUCUUUCACCAUCGGUAAAGCCAUUUGGCUGCUUUGGGGUCUGGUCUUCAACAACUCUGUGCCAGUCCAGAACCCCAAAGGUACCACCAGUAAAAUCAUGGUCUCAGUUUGGGCCUUCUUCGCUGUCAUUUUCCUGGCCUCAUACACUGCCAACCUGGCUGCUUUCAUGAUCCAAGAGGAAUAUGUGGAUCAGGUCACUGGUCUCUCAGACAAGAAGUUCCAGAGUCCCAAUGACUUCUCUCCACCGUUCCGCUUUGGCACGGUGCCGAAUGGGAGUACCGAGAGAAACAUCAGGAACAACUAUCCAGAAAUGCACUCCUACAUGACCAAGUUCAAUCAGCGGAAUGUCAAUGAAGCUCUGCAGAGCCUGAAGGCUGGCAAAUUAGAUGCUUUCAUUUACGAUGCAGCCGUUCUGAACUACAUGGCUGGCAGGGAUGAAGGCUGCAAGCUGGUGACCAUUGGCAGCGGCUACAUCUUUGCAACUACAGGAUACGGCAUCGCCAUCCAGAAGGAGUCUGGAUGGAAGAGACACGUGGACCUGGCCAUCCUGCAGCUUUUUGGAGACGGUGAGAUGGAGGAGCUGGAGUCCCUGUGGCUGACGGGGAUCUGCCACCAUGAGAAGAACGAGGUGAUGUCCAGCCAGCUUGACGUGGACAACAUGGCCGGGGUCUUCUACAUGCUGGGCGCCGCCAUGGCUCUCUCCCUCAUCACCUUCAUCUGCGAGCACUGGUUCUACUGGCAGCUGCGUUUCUGCUUUAUGGGCGUCUGUUCCGGCCAGCCCGGCUUUGUGUUCAGCAUCAGCAGGGGUAUAUACAGCUGCAUACAUGGUGUACAAAUUGAGGAGAAGAGCAGCUCUGCGUUGAACUCCCCAUCAGCCACCAUGAACAACACCCAUUCGAACAUUAUGCGCCUCCUUCGUACUGCCAAAAACAUGGCCUCUCUGUCAGGAGUUAACGGCUCGCCGCAUAGCGCUCUAGAUUUCAUCCGUCGAGACUCUUCUGUUUAUGACAUUUCUGAGCAUCGCCGCAGCUUAGCAGGCCAUUCCGACUGUAAACCACCUUACAUGCCAGAAGACAACAUGUUUAGUGAUUACAUUAGUGAAGUGGAGAGGACGUUUGGCAACCUUCAUCUCAAGGACAGCAAUUUGUACCAGGAUCACUAUCUACACCACCAUGGCUCAACUCCCGGACUCAGUGGUCCUCCACCCAAUAGGCCUCACAGUUUGGGGAGUGCUAGUUCUCUGGAGGGUGGCAUGUUUGAUUGUGACAGCCUCGGUGGAGGGGUAGCACCUAUCUUUACCACCCAGCCCUGCUCAGCUUUGACCCACAGGAACAUGAGCAAGUUUGACCUGCUGUCUGGACAGACUCCGCCUUCAGGCCAGAGCUUCAAGGGUGGUCUGCCUGAAAUCUAUGGGAAGUUCUCUUUUAAAGGUGGUGCCUCAAGUUCCACUUACAUUCCUGGACACAGCUACUGUGGGGGAAGAGGAGACGAUGAAGGAAAUAUACGUUCAGAUGUCUCUGACAUUUCCACACACACCGUAACAUAUGGGAACCUGGAGGGCAAUGCCAAGAAGCGCAAACAGUACCGUGACAGCUUAAAAAAGAGGCCGGCCUCUGCAAAGUCCAGACGGGAGCUGGACGAAAUUGAGCUGGGCUACAGGAGGAAACCAUACCACAUAAGCCACCAUCAUUACCACAGCCAACGCUCUGCCUCCCCACCACUAUUGCCCUCUGAACGCAAGCGAGGGGGUGGAGGAGGAAAAAACAAUGGGAACUCUUAUCUUUUCAGGGAAAAGGAGAGUGUUAGGGACUUUUAUCUUGACCAGUUUCGACCCAAGGAGGGUGUCCCUCAAUGGGAACAUGUGGACUUGACAGAGGGUCCUGGAAACAGAGAUGGAGGAGUGCCCACCUGCACCUCGUUGGUGCCAGUUGAAGACUUUCUUAAAAGCAAACCCAAAAAGUCUGAUCUAAAAGGAGGGAUAGGGUCUGGGUUGGCAGGGGGAGAAUGGGAGUGCAGGAACUGUCGUGCUAGUGGAGGCAAGCAGAUGUCCAUUCAUGGAGGAGGUGGUGGGUAUUCAAGUGGUAUGGGCUGCGGGUCUUCAGCAGGUAGCAGCCGGCCUAGUUCUGCAACCUGCAUGCGCUGUGAUGGUUGUAAAAAGACAGGAAACCUUUACGAUAUCAGUGAAGACAAUAACCACCCCUUGGAACAAAUGGGGGGCGGGAAAGGUGGAGGAGGUGUGGGAGGUAUGUCCGCGGGUCCUCAGGCUCCAUCUCAGGCCCAGCAGAGAAGAAAGAGCGGAGGAUUUGGGAAGCAGCUAAGGCGACAGCAUUCCUACGACACAUUUGUUGACCUUCAAAGAGAAGAAUCAGGUGGAAUGGGAAGUUUGAUGGAAGGUUUAGGGGGAGGUAUGGGUGGAGCUGGCAUGGGAGGAAUGCUGCCCCCACCAAGGAGUGUUAGUUUGAAGGAGAAAGAACGGUACAUGGAUGAUAACAGCCCCUUCGCACACAUAUUUGAACGCCAUGGGGGCUCAGAGAGGGAAAGAGACAGAGACCCAUUGUUUUAUGGUGGUGAGAACCAAAAAGGUUCUGGUUCACCUUUUGGCCUCUUCAGAGGAGGUGAGGGCCUUCACCGCCGCUCCAUCGGAGAAAGAGACAUGAGAGACAGAUCUUUGAUGGAAGGUGGAGGUGGAGGAGCAUUCUCUUUAUCCAAAUCUCUCUACCCUGAUAGGGUAAACCAGAACCCCUUUAUACCCACCUUCGGUGAUGAUCAGUGUCUAAUGCAUGGAGCCAAACAAUAUUACCUGACAAAGCAACAGCAGCAGCAACAAGUUGCCCAAAACAGCAGAGGUGACUUCAGGGGUCAGUUAAGCGCAACGUCGUAUCUGCCAGCUUCUGCCACAGCCGGGGUGAUGUCCAACGUGACCCCGCGGUUCCCAAAAGAGCUCAGUCUUGGUGGGAUGAAUCACCAUGGGUCCAUGUUGGCAGUAGGACCCCCACGUCCCUUCAAUGGAAGCAAUGGCCAUGUGUACGAGAAACUCUCCAGCAUUGAGUCUGACGUGUAAAAGAUGAAGGGGAAGGAGGAGGACAGCAAUAGAGGUUAAAAGUGUUAGAGAUCAGGGGUAUUUCUUAGAACACUUUAGACACAAAGCAGCCCAAGUUCCUGGUGACAUUAAGAGAUAAGGAGUCAAAUGAGUGGCAGAGACAAAAUAUAGACUGUUGAAGAUAAAAAGUAGAAUGAAAACAUGGCUAAAAAUCAGGACAUCCUGAGGGGUUCACCAAUGCUAACCUCUCUUUAAAAUGGCCAAAGCUACACUACUUUAACACCCAUACACAAUCAAUCAACAUUUUCUUUAAUCUUACAAAGGCCCUUAACUUCAACAAUUCCAUCAACUCACCCACCAGUGUGCUAGAAUUCACUAUUCUAGGUUAAAAUCAUAAUGACGCAACACCUUUAUUUAGUUUUCUUGUGGCCAUAGUCUGAGGGAGUGAACUGCCUGUUUGCCCCAUGACAGUUAAGAAAGUAGGUAUUGCACACUUGCUAUAGCCACAGCGUACCCUGGUCUGGACAUUUUCCAUUUCUCCCUGCACUCUUCCCAUCCCCUUACUUAUUUGCUACUGCUCCUCCUCCUCAUCCCCAACACCUAAAGAGCUGUUUGCUAAUGAGAAAUACAAUCACGAAUGAUAAUAAGAUAUUCUUAUAGAAAACAGGGUAUAAGAACAACAACCACGUUGUGAAUAACAGACAUUCAUACUGUUUAUGAUGAUUCUGCUUGUAAUAUCACAGAUUUUCUUUUGUAUUCUGUUGUUAUAGUAUUCUCUA